AUGACCUUUGAGGAAAAUGACGCAUUGGAUGGAAUAAUAACACCAGAAAACCCAUCAGACAAUCUGGAUCAAAAAGUUAUAGUGCGAGUCGAUUUGGUUCUUAAUGCUGCAAAAGUAGAUAUUUACCAUGAACAUCUUCAUCCACAUCCAAACCUCUGCAUUGAAAUGCCAAACAAAUUACGGAAAGAGAUCAAAAUGUACUUGCAUCUUACUGCAAUAGAAUUGAAAAAUCACCUACAGCGUAAAGGAUUUGAUAUCUCGAAGUAUUCACCCAAGCGUCUUUACUUUUGGAAGUCAGUUACGAGCCAGAAGCUAUUUAAAUAUUAUGAUAAUCAUAUUGAAUCCGCGUGCCAACUGCUUAGUGAGCAUGAAACUCAUGGCUUCCGAUGGUGCUUAAAUAUUAAAGAUUCAGAAACCAUUGCCAUCAGUUUCAUCACCCUACUGUUAGAAGAAAUUAAAAAUCAUAAUAUUAACAUCUGCGAGAUUUAUCUUGACGUGACUUAUAAAACUGCAAGAGGACGUUAUGAACUUUAUGACAUCAUCGCAGAU